UCUAUUUGUAAAUACACAAGAAAAUAUCCAACACUAUACCGUCUUCUUAACUGUCCAACACCUUUUUAACAUGGCGAAUGUUAAGGAUGAAAUCUCUAUAGAUGUCGCUUGGGAGGACCAACAGCGCAUUUGCACCUUCUCCCGACUUCAUCGACGUAUUCAACACCUUCAAACUCGUCUGAAGCUCCUCACCGAUGAUAUCGAGAAGUUCGAGGAUGCCAGUACGGAGGUGAUGAUUUGCGAUAGCGUUAAAUAUGUAUUGGGCGAGUCGUUUGUCGACAUGGAUCCGGACCGCGCCUCGGAUCUUCUGCAGGAAGAAAAGACGACUCUCGAAAAAGACAAGGAAGGCGCCGAGGAAGAGCUCAAGGAACUUCAAAGUGCUCUUGGUGAGCUAAAAGCGCAGCUCUAUGCUAAGUUUGGAACUCAAAUUUACUUGGAGGAUCAAUAAAAGAUGAUAUGCAUCUCUUUUGAAAGCAAUAAAAUUAGUAGCUGUGUGUGUAUUUUCUUCACAGUGAAUAGAAAAGAUGCAAGAUCUGCACUGAGCCUAGGCUUUUUUCUUCUUCAAUCAUAAGCCUACUUACAAGAAGCUGAAUUCCCACAUUGUCUUUUCCUUCCGCGCUGUCAGCUCAUUCAAUUUUUAUGACGCCAUCAAUUCCCACAAACGAAAAGAGCCCUCUGGAGAACAGUUUUAAAGUAUUUGAUCUUUAAACCUGGAAGCUUAUUAUUUUUAUUUGGUUUGGAUGAAACUUCCAGUUUCCGUUGUGCUAAAUAGUGUCCCGGUAAAAUAAAAUCAGCUGUCAUGUCAGGGCGAUUUCGACUGAUCGGGGUUGUUGGGGUCACUGUGUAAAACUAUUGUUCUUCGAAUAGUCUGAAUCCGUAUGAGCUUAAUGACUUUAUGGCGUAAAUACAUAUAUAUAUAUGUCUAUAAUACAAAUAUAGAUAUAGAUUUGGUGCUGUUGGGUGGAAAAUCAGCAAAAGCAAUUCUUUUGCUAUCCUACGCACAAAAAUAUGUGCAACCCACAUAUGCAUACGCAAAAAAAAAGUUGAGGGUGGAGAGAGUAGAAUAAAAUGGCAAUCCUAAAUAUAUUUAUCGCGUCUUGUUAAUAAAU